AUGGAGUUUACACCUCGAAAUGGUAUAAUGACAAAGGCGCCAAAGAGCAUCAAUAAAGCUGUUUGUGACACAUUGUUAAAUGUGAAAUAUCUAUCCCAUGCUGCUUUUAAUACCAAGGAAAUGGAAGACAUACAAGAUGGAAUAUAUGUUCGUGUCAAUGGGCGCCUAAAAAUCUUUAAAGGCAGUAAGCAAUUAGUUACUUUUUUUGUUAGGCCCGUGACAAACUUCGAUGAGCUUACCUUCCACUUCGUCGAGUGUAUACAUUUCCAAGUGCAAAAUUCCAGAACAAAGCAAGGAGAUGCCACAACUCAGUCUCAUUCUGUGACUCCAUCUACAAACACAGUUUCGAGGGAUGGAUCAAAUGGAUAUCAGUCAACACCACCAAAUCAUUUCUCUGGACGAUUUAGUGUAGACGGAUUGAAGGGAUUUGAUCAAAUGGUGCUUGAUUAUCUGCAGCAACCUUCAAACUUUGGACGGGAAAAAGGUGUAGGGGGAUGA